AUCUAAGUCGUAGCUUUGCAUGAUGGAAAGUCGUAAGUCGAGAAAAUGUAGUGCGACCAUUUCCGGUCGGUUGAACCAAUCCGAAAGAGAGAAAACUCUCUUUUACCGUAGUCAUGACGUGAUUAACCGAUACAAUAAUCGGCGUACAGUAAAACACGAUCGACGCUGACUCGACACUCGAUCCUGACCUCGAAAGUCGCUCGAUAAUUCUAUCCACGGUCAAUGCGCGAAAGGAUUAGUGCUGAGUUAUCCUAAGCAUACAUAAUAAACCAUUCGGUAUUGGCGGGUGUAUCCAAGAUUGCUUAUCGAUUUCGUAAUCUUUCAACGUGACUUCAUGACACUAUCACAUUGAAAGCAUCACAAACGACGAUUCUCCUGCUCCUCCGAAUCAGCACGGAGAGACUUACCUUCACCUAGACCUUUCUUUCUCUCGUACGAGAGGGGAUCCACAUAUAAAAGGUCUCUACUGGGUUGGUAUGCCAUCAGAAAGCACAUUUCACUUAACCACUCAGUAGUCGUCUGAUCACGAGAAAUAGUUACAAGAAUAUCAACUUAAAUAGUGACAUGCGUACUUUCAUACUUUUGGGGCUAUUUGCUGUAGCCUUUGCAAAUGUCUCCAAUAGAGAAACAAGAGGUGAGAAACCUCAAAGACCACACCGAGCACCGUUAAAGGGUAAACGUGGAGUUAGCGACUAUCCCUUGGGAUAUUCAUCCGGGGGUCAUUCGUAUUCCUCACCUGUAUAUUCAGCAGUUGGAUCUGGGUAUAAUCUAGGUGGAUCAUCAGGAUCUAUUUCUCUUGGACAUUCUGGUCUACAUAGUUUACAGAGUUUAGGCGGUGGACAUGGUUUAGGAUAUUCCAAUUCUGGAUUAGGAUCUUCAUUGGGAUAUGGAAUGUCUUUGGGUUCUGGUCUGGGUCAUGGUGGAAGUCUUCAAGGUCUCUCAAGUCACAACUCUUAUUCCUUACCGACCAUUAGUUUAGGAUCAAACGGAGGUUCCAGUGAAGGACUCUUCUCUCCUGUAUCAAAGAACGGUCCGGUUACGUUUGGAACUCAUGGAGGAGGUCAAGGAUUGUCAGCUUAUGGAAGUGGAUCGAGCGGAGUUUCCAGUUUGCCUUUAUCAUUGUCAUCUUCCCAUGGCUCUUCUUCUUCAUACAGUCUACCCAGCGUAACCUAUCAAUCAUCCGGUGGUUCUUCCGGAUACACCAUUCCAGCAAGUUCUUCAUCUCACUCAGUAUCCGGAGGACUGGUUCUAGCUUCAGGAUCGUCUCAUGGAGGUUCAUCAUCCGGUUAUACGCUUCCAAUAUCAUCAGGAUCUUCUCAUGGACUUUCUCUAAGCAGCCUAUCUUCCGGUUCCCAUGGUGGAUCUUCUGGAUAUAAUCUUCCAAUAAGUUCAGGAUCUCAUGGUCUUUCCAGUUUGUCCAGCAAUUCAGGUGGCCUAUCCGGUUACUCUUUAACUCCUGUAUCCGCUUCAUACAGCGCACCUAAUUCUCACGUAAGCUUAUCCAUCGGUUCCUCCGACGGAUCUUCCUAUUCUCUCCCAGUAUCAUCCGGAUCUCACUCAGCAUCAGGAUCUUCUAGUUCUGGGUCAUAUUCCAGUGCCGGUUAUUCUCCAGUAUCUUCCGAUGGUAAUUCCUAUUCUUCCAGUGGAAGUUCUAGUUACUCCAGUCCAAGUUCCAGUUAUUCAAGCCCUAGCAGUAGUUACUCCAGUCCUAGUUCCGGUUACUCCAGCCCCAGUUCCAGUUACUCGAGUCCUAGUUCCAGUUACUCUAGUCCCAGUUCCAGUUACUCGAGUCCCAGUUCCAGUUAUUCCAGUCCUAGUUCCAGUUACUCCAGUCCUAGUUCCAGUUAUUCUGCAGUUUCCGGUGGUUAUGCCUCAAGUUAUCCAAGUCCUUCUAAUUCUUAUGGUCCCCCAUCGGAAUCCCAUGGAUCCUAUUCACAUUUGAAUCCUAGAUUUAUCAGUUAUCCAGCUUCCAAAGCAUACGAAGCAUUAGCUUCUGGUAGCUCAAAAUAUGAUACAAUUUCUUAUUCGAGUCCCAAUGGAAAAUAUUAA